AUGGCCACCAACUCUCCCCGGGACAACAGCCACGAGAUGGCCGAGCCGCUCCUCCGCGACAACCCGGACCGCUUCUGCAUGUUCCCCAUCAAGUUCCCCGAGAUCUGGGAGAUGUACAAGAAGGCCGAGGCCUCCUUCUGGACCGCGGAGGAGGUCGACCUCAGCUCGGACAUGAAGGACUGGGAGCGGUUGACGGAGGACGAGCAGCACUUCAUCAAGCACAUCCUGGCGUUCUUCGCGGCCUCGGACGGCAUCGUGCUGGAGAACCUGGCGGUGCGCUUCAUGAAGGAGGUGCAGGUGGCGGAGGCGCGGGCGUUCUACGGGUUCCAGAUCGCGAUCGAGAACAUCCACUCGGAGAUGUACUCGCUCCUGCUCGACACGUACAUCAAGGACACGGCCGAGAAGCAGCGCCUGUUCCACGCCAUCGACACGGUGCCCGCGGUGAAGAAGAAGGCCGACUGGGCGCUCAAGUGGAUCGGGUCGAACAACUCGUUCGCGGAGCGCCUGGUCGCGUUCGCGGCGAUCGAGGGCAUCUUCUUCUCCGGGUCGUUCUGCGCCAUCUUCUGGGUGCGCAAGCGCGGCCUCAUGCCGGGCCUCACCUUCUCGAACGAGCUCAUCUCGCGCGACGAGGGCCUCCACACGGACUUCGCGUGCCUGCUGUACAAGCUCCUGGACAACAAGCUCGACCGCGAGGCCGUCGAGGGCAUCAUCGCGGAGGCCGUCGAGAUCGAGCGCGAGUUCGUGUGCGAGGCGCUCCCCGUGUCGCUCAUCGGGAUGAACGCCGACAUGAUGUCGCAGUACAUCGAGUUCGUCGCCGACCGCCUCCUCGUCGCGCUCGACUGCCCCAAGCGGUACCACGCGUCCAACCCCUUCGACUGGAUGGAGCUCAUCAGCCUCCAGGGCAAGACCAACUUCUUCGAGAAGCGCGUCGGGGACUACCAGAAGUCGGGCGUCAUGUCGGGCCUCACGGGCGACAACCACAACGCGUUCGCGCUCGACCACGACUUCUGA